AGUGAAGUAAAGUAUCGAGAAGAUAAAAUGCCGCCAAAAACUAGUGGGAAAGCAGCAAAGAAAGCCGGUAAGGCCCAAAAAAAUAUUACCAAGAAUGACAAGAAGAAGAAGCGGAAGAGGAAGGAAAGCUAUGCAAUUUAUAUCUACAAGGUGUUAAAACAAGUACAUCCAGAUACUGGUAUUUCCUCGAAGGCAAUGAGUAUAAUGAAUAGUUUUGUUAACGACAUUUUCGAACGCAUUGCUGCUGAGGCAUCGCGUUUGGCUCACUAUAACAAACGUUCAACUAUCACCAGUCGCGAAAUUCAAACUGCUGUGCGUCUACUUUUGCCCGGUGAAUUGGCCAAACAUGCCGUCAGUGAAGGUACUAAGGCUGUUAACAAAUACACUAGCUCCAAGUAAAUUGUCUAUUGAGAAUGCACGUGUGUAUAACGAC